UUGAGACAGUUGGUAUAGUGAACAUAGAAAUGAGAGAAAUUAAUAAAGAAAGGAAGAAUCAACCCAAAAAAAGAAAUAAACAAUACUUGCAUGUAAAAUAAAACACACCUUCUGAUACGGUAAAAAUGUCAUCCUGCCUUGUUUGUCAUCAUCAUUUUAGAUUUCUCAGUUUAUGUAAUCAGGCCACACAUUCACUUCAUGAUUUCUACCAUAACACCCAAACAGGAGCUAUAAUCUCAUCAGAUCAUUCAUGGCUGUUAUCUCCAUCAUCCUGUUUUAUGAUUAUCUUAGAGUAAAUAGUGGAGUUUCUCUUUUUCCUAAUGCGACAGAUUGUUGUGGAAUGCAUAGCAGAUGGCGCUGUAUACAAGAUGGGUAAAACGCUGACCAGUAACGGUACAGUUUCUGCAUCAUGUUAAUCCCUCCACUUUGUCUACGAGAGAGUUGGUCACAGCACUUUAUGUAAAAUAGUUCAAGUUAAAAAGGGCAGAUUACAGAAGUUACAUUUAAUACAGAAUUCUCAUUCAUGAAGGAGUGGCACUUUCUAUUAGUUACAAUUCAGUAAAGACUGUGUGGAUGUUAAUAAAGUAACAUAGUCCAAAUGUUAACAAGCAAAAUAUUUCAAUAGCUGAAAUUGUGAUUAUCCAAAAACAGUCGAUAAAUCUAAGUUUUAGGCAUUUAUCAAAGUUCACAUCCUGAGAGUAAAGUUUGUAAUGACAGUAUUUAUUUAUUUAUAUGUAUCAGACUGAUGAAUAGUAUUGAAACAAUCACUGACAAGUAUAAUGUGACAUUUGUAAAGUCAUAAUAUUUUUACAGUUUAGCUUUCCUGCCUUCAGACACAAGCAUCUUUUUUAUGAAUGAAGGCAUUUAGACAUUAUCAGAAAAUUUCAAUGUUUAUAUAUUAGUUGUGGUAAAUGAAAGCUGUUGCACUACAUCAGAAAAAGUCUAAAAUAUACCUGUCCAUCAUCUGCAAAGUUACGGUAUAUCCUUGUUUGACAGAGCCAUCUCCUGUGGAUUGGUGGUUGAAGAAGCCGAGUUGGACUGAGGGGGCCCAGGUGUAACUCUUAAGAUGUGUCAUUGGAUUAGCAUGUGAGCAUCUGCCUUUAGCCUUCUCCAGUCGCCCACAAACACCUUGAGAGCUGCAUCUCAUGCACAGGACUCUCGACGGCGCCGUCUUUAUGGUGCGCUUUCAUGACUUGAUUCUUUAGGAUGAAGAAUGUAAAGAUAUUACAUUUGCCACUGCUUUUUGUGUUUGUGCAUGCUUGCUUUGCACAAGCAGACUUUGCCCCCUAUUUCUACGACAAUGGACCCUACAGCCACAAUGGUAACCUGGCACUGUUCAGCCUCUCAGAGGACACGGCUGUUGGUACACAGAUCUAUUGUCUCAAUGGCACAGACCCUGAAGGCCAGGAGGUGAGAUAUGGCCUUUCCUUUGAUCCAGGGUCAAAAGAAUACUUCAGGAUCGACCCCAUAUCCGGAAACAUCACAUUGGUGGAACAGCUGGACAGAGAGAAACAAGAUUCUAUUGAUGUUCUUGUCAGCAUCACAGAUGGGCAAAGCAAGGUUGUGGAAAGAGUCACAAUAUUUGUAAUGGAUGCAAAUGAUGAAAAACCUGAAUUUCAAAACAUGCCGGCAAUCAUUGAUGUACUGGAAACAACUGAGUCUGGCAGCAGCAUCUACAAAGCUGAGGCAGUGGACAGAGACACAGGCUCAGGUGGCUCAGUCACCUUCUACCUCCAGAAUCCUCAGUCCACUUUGUUUGCCAUCGACAGACACAGUGGUGUCCUUCGUAUCAAAUCUGGAGAAAUGUUGGACUAUGAGAAAACAAAGACACACUUUGUCACUGUCUUUGCAAAGGAUGGUGGUGGUAAUUUUAAUGGCAAGGAGCAGUUUAUGUCAUCGUCUGCUACCCUGACAAUCAAUGUGAUUGAUGCACAGGACACUCCACCAUCUUUUAUUGGGACACCAUAUUUUGGCUACGUUUAUGAAAUCUCAGUGCCAGGAUCUGAAAUAUUCACUGUUGUAGCCAAAGAUGGCGAUGUGGGAAACCCGAAUCCAAUCCGUUAUUCCUUUGACGAUGGUGACGACGGUGUUUUUAGCAUCAAUAAAACAAGCGGUUGUAUCACUCUGCUGACUCUACCCAUUUAUCUGAAGAGAGAAAUCUUUAACAUUAAAGUCAAGGCAUCAGAAGUAAGUCCUGAAGGCAGACUCAUGGAUUAUGGGGUGACCACCGUGGUGAUCCGUGUGGUGGACCUGAACAAUAAUCCACCUACUUUCUAUGGAGAAAAUGGCCCACAGAACAUGUUUGAGUUGACCAUGUAUGAGCAUCCACCGGAGGGAGAGAUACUCCGGGGACUGAAAAUCACAGUCAACGACUCUGAUCAGGGUGCGAAUGCUAAAUUCAAUCUGAGACUGAUCGGACCAGGAAGGAUGCUGCGAGUCGUUCCUCAGACUGUACUCAAUGAGGCCCAGGUCACAAUCUUAGUAGAAGACUCUGCUGCCAUGGACUAUGAGAAACACCAUUUUCUUACAUACAAGCUACUUGCAGUUGAGAUCGAUACGCCUGAGAGAUUCAGUGCCACAGCAGACAUUGUCAUUCAUCUCCUGGACACCAAUGACAACGCUCCCAAAUUCUCCUCAGAUUACUACAUCGCCAGAAUUCCAGAAAACUCACCCGGUGGCUCCAAUGUGGUGUCAGUCACGGCAACAGACCCGGACUCAGGGCCUUGGGGUGAAGUGAAAUACUCUAUCUACGGAUCAGGGGCUGACUUGUUCCUGAUCCAGCCUGCAUCUGGGAUCAUCUACACCCAGCCGUGGGCAAGCUUGGAUGCAGAGGUGAGGUCCAAGUAUAACUUCUAUGUAAAGGCAGAGGACGCAGAGGGGAAGUACAGCCUGGCUGAGGUCUUUGUGACUGUGUUGGAUCUGAAUGACCACCCACCUGCAUUCAAUGACAACUUCCUCGAGACGACUAUGGUGAUUGGAGCACCAGUGAAAAUAGAGGCUGUAGACGAUGAUGCAGAAGUACCCAACAAUGUUAUCGAGUAUGCCAUCAUGAAAGCUGAGCCAGACAACAACAUCUUUGAAAUUGAUGCUGACUCAGGGGAGAUCAUGCUCAAGUCUUACAUCAAGUCAAUGGCGAUCAUUCAUAACAUCACCAAGCAGAGAGACUGUACCUGGUCACUCGUGGUGCAGGCCCGGGACCGAGGCCAGCCGUCCUUCAGCACUACUGCAGUCGUCAAGAUCGACAUAACUGAAGCUAUCAAAUCCAGAUUAUUCUCUUACUUCUUGGGCCUAAGGAAACGUCCAGGGGCUGUAUUUGGGAUUUGUUUGACCGUUGUCACCUUCGCCAUUUCACUGACAAUCUUCAUUUCAACUCUUAUAUACUGGAACUCUGUGAAAAAGUCCCGUGUACAAUCUCAGGGCAAGAUCAGAAAGAUUAUAAGGAGGCCUGUGCCAUAAAUGAAGCUUGCCUUGAGAUCAUCAGCACAGCAGAACUGCUGUUUUUGUGGUACCAAGAAUUUGUAGCAAUUCAUUUUGAAAGGAUUUGGUGGUUGAACAAGGCUGUGUCUGUAAAAGAGUACAGGAGCACAAUAUAAACUGUCCUCUCAACAUGUUCCCAUGGUUUUUUUCAAAAUAAACAAAGCAGUUGUGCUUUUUCAUUUUCACAUGAAUUCAUAUAUUUAUUCUCAGAUGCUGGAUGGUCUCAGCUAUUUGUUUCCCAGUCAACCUCUCUGAUCUUGUCUUGACAAAAUAUAAAACAGUAGAACAAUCAUCAUUUGUAGUGUUUCAUUUGCAAGACAUCCACCAGGAAACAGACAAAUAUUCUGUUUUUAUACAAACAGUAUGAUGGCAGUACAUUUGCAGUCAUUCAUUUCUGGAUUUUACACAGUUUUGUAUUUUUCACCUCACAUGAUAUUUUUGGCCAAAUGAUGAAUACAUUUAAUACUAAAGUACAUACACGGGACAGUAUAUAGAAGUUAAUCUUUGUGUGACAGACUAUGACUUCAGUCCCAUGGAUGUGAAUUCUCCCUGUGCUCUUUUACAGACCCAACUCAGUGGGGGGCCUUUGGGAUCAUUUUUGAUGCAGAGUAGAAACAAGCCAUUGCAAAUCCUAGGCAUGCUUGCCGGUAUCAUUACUCUCACGGUCAUAAUCACAGUAAUCAUCUCCACUGCAACAUU